CGCGUUUUCAUUAAUUUCAGGAUAACCACGCAUGCUAAUUAGAACAUCGAAUACUUAAAUUAAAGCUGAACGUCUCACCUUUGCCACAAGCCUAAAUGCAGCUUUCUGCUGUUAUCCAUUCGUUUCUUAUGAGCUGUCUAAAGUGUUAUUGCUUCACGUUUUCAUUAAUUUCAGGAUAACAACGCAUGAUAAUUACAUUAUUCAACAAGAAUCGUAAACUGGAAACUUUAGCAUUGUGCCUGAAAUUUUGCUCGAUUUUAUUUUCUUGCAGGAAUAUACGAAGAAGGGAUUCAGGAAUCCGUCGAGCGUGGAGGCGGCGAGAAACUGCUGGGUCCUGUCGAAGUGUCUUGAUGUGGGAUUCAGAUGCUUGGGUCCGUUCAUGCCGCACCUUUCCCAGCAUCUGCACUCGUUCCUGACCCAUCCAAUCGUACGUACCGGAGGAUCCCGGUAUUUCCCAGAGCCCUUCGACCGAUACACGGACGAACUAGUCGAAUCCAACGUGGAACAGAUGCUGGAAUGCGUGAAGAGUAUACGGAGACUGAUGAAACUUUUCGGCGUCUCAGCAAAACUCCAACCUAAAGUGCAUUUGAUCUCAUCGACUGAAAAGCCCCUCGAGGAUUUCCUCGACACCAUCCAAUGUUUGACCAAUUGCCGCGUCAGCUUCGCGCAGGAAGUCGACUCCGAUGGGGAUUUCUUCGUUUCCGAUACAUUAACGAAAGCUCUCAGCGUGCGGCUGUUCGUGCCCGAAGAGGCUAAAAGGGCCUUAGAGGUGGACGCCGAGAAGAGCGUGAAGAAGCGCGAACGUCUGCUGAAGGACGUGGAGAAGCUGCAGAAGGUCAUGAGCUCCGAUCGUUACGCAAACGUCACCGAGCAGAUCCACGGAAACAAUCUGAAAAAAAUGGAAACGUUGAAGGAGAAAAUUGGAAGGAUCGAUUACAUCCGUAGUUUCGUCAAGUGAUCGUCGAAGUAUUUUUUUUGUAUCGUGUCUUUCCUUUUUUCCUUGUUCGAAUCCUUCACUUGUGUACUUGUUCAGCGAGAAGAAAGAGUAAUGAAAGAAGGCGAUUGCAGUUUCGUUACGAUCCAAUGAUUUUAUUGUCCAGGAAAUAAAUCUCUUCGUCGAUUUUUGCACUUGAUGAAUUGUAAAAGAAAUAAAAAGUAAAGUAAAAUGAA